GGCCGGGCGGAGGGACGCUGGGAGUGGCGGUUGUUUCAAGAUGGCGGAUGUGGCCCCGGAAGCGGCGCCUUUUUGGAGUCGGGACCUUUCUGAGGAAGUCGGGCCACCUGUCUAUGUCCCAGGAGUUUCCACAGAGAGGAAUUUUAGAGCGAGACACCUGCUAAAGGGUCCGAAAACGGAAAUAAGAGCGAAGCCACCUGCAGCUGCUGCUCCCCUCCCAAUGGAUGCCUUCAAGAACUCUGGAGAAGUGCCUGGAGAGCAGGUCAGUGACAGAAACAGAAGGGGAAAGGGUCAUCUAAACCCAGACUUGGAAGCUGGGUUCCAGGUCUCUGACAAAGGAGGAAUGAAGAGUGCUUCUCUAAAGGAUUUAUGUCCUGAAGACAAGAGGCGCAUCGCAAACUUAAUUAAGGAGCUCGCAAGGGUGAGCGAAGAAAAAGAGGUGACAGAAGAGCGGCUGAAAGCGGAGCAGGAGUCGUUUGAGAAGAAGAUCAGACAGCUCGAGGAACAGAAUGAACUCAUUAUCAAAGAAAGGGAAGAUAUCCUUUUUAUUAACCAAAAAAAAAAAAAAAAAGAGGAGGGAGGGGGAAGAGUAAAGCGCAAGAGUUUGCGGCAUGGAAUAGAAAGCAAACCAGAGAGAAAUAAUUGUCCUAAUUUAUGGCUGGGCAUAAAUCUCCAUGUGCUGCCAUUCAGAAGCAAUCAGAGGUGACUUGCCAGCAUGCGGUUCUGGCUCAUUUGAGCUUGAAACUGCCACCCAGCUGUUCCCAGGAUGUUUCUUUCCCGUGAAAUAGAUAUUUGUCAACUUAGAAACAACGGAA